GCAAGAGAAGUAGCUUGACCAACCUAGGACUAAAGGUUGAAAUGCCCUAUCACCUGCUCAGCUGAAUGUUUUUUGAGACCAGUGAUGCUGCCUCUUACAGAACGCAUUGCAGCGCUUGUGAGCCAAAGGCUUUGAGAGACAUUCUGCAUGCUUCCCAGCUCUGUAAGGAAAGAGCAGAAUUGCUGGGGCACGCCAUUGAAGAGGUUUCUUGUCUGCAGACAAAUUGAUGCUGACUUCAGCGAAGAGAAUCUCACAUGGCCGAUCUACCCGGCACAAGCCGUCCCUCAACAUCGGGCUCACAAGAAGAACAACAGUUUGCGCUUCAAGCUCCGGGGCCUGGGGCGCUUGUUGUAAGGGAUGAGCUGUGGGAAGGGGAUCAGUCCCCACCCCGUUCCAUGGGGACUGGGGGGCUCCUUGUAACAAGGGUGGCGCCUGCUGAUGCUGACGUCAUCGGGAUACUGACGUACAACGUGUGGUUCAACGAGGAGUGCCAGGUGGAGGCGCGCAUGGCGGCCGUCGGUGACGUCAUCCUGCGUCACCGGCCCCACGUGGUACUUUUCCAAGAGGUCACGCCGCGCAUCUACUCCCUCCUCUCCUCCGCCCGUUGGUGUCGCGACUUGGGCUUUGUUUGCUCGCUCACGGAGGCGGAGGCGACCAGGCCCUACUUCAGCAUGCUGGUGACGCGGCUGCCGUGCCGGGCGGUCCGGCACGAGCCGUUCGCCGAGACGUCAAUGGACCGGGAGCUCGUCACAGCGGUGGUCGAGACCGGGGGAGACGGACCGCUGCUGACGGUAGCGACCGCCCACCUGGAGAGUCCGAUGAGCUUCCAGCGGCCGUACAUUGGACCUCGGAACACGCAGGCUCGCGAGGUGUUCGAGAAACUGGGUUCCUUGCCUAACUGCGUGUUUGGCGGCGACAUGAAUUGGAAUGAGCGACGAGACGGCCGGGUCCCCCUCCCCCCGCUCUGGUUCGACGCGUGGCUCGUCCUCCACCCCAUAGAAAAGUAUCUCAAGCCAGGUUACACCUACGACGGUCGCACCAACGGCAUGAUCGGGGGCGCCCUGCAAGGCCGGCUGGACCGCUUCUGGUGUCGCCUGCAAGACUUCGACGCCGAAAGCAUCGAAAUGGUCGGGACCGAGCCGAUUCCGGGGCUUCGGUGCGACCGGGAGUUUCGAAAUGGGGACGGGUUUAGGAGGGUAUCGUUACCUGUGUUUCCCAGCGAUCACUACGGGUUGCUUAUAAGAAUACGAAGGAAAAGGAACGGUUCGGGAGGGGAGAGGCAGGAGGAGAAUCCAGGGAAGGACAUUGUGUUGAUCUGAUGAAUGCUGUUCAGCGUUCCUGGUUGAUGUGGCGACCCUACAGCUGGCUUUAAGGCCGUCAAUUUUAUAAACCAGGCCAUUGAAGCAGCUAGACCUUAACAUUAUCAACGGUAUGCAGCUUGUAUACUGGAAAGUCGAAUGAUUUGAAUUCUGCCAUCUCGCUAUAC